CUAUAAUAACUAAUGAUAAUGAACCUAUGAACAACUAUAUGACUUACGAACCAAUAAAUGCAUCCAAAAGUGGUAAUAAAACUGGAAAAGAGAAAAGAAAUAUAUUGGUAGUGGAUGAUGAUAUUGUUAUGGAUCGAAAUUAUAAUCUGAAGAGUAGUAAUGUAAAGACCAAU